UGACGGCUAGCGGCAGAAGAGUCAGCCAGCGGUGGAAAACCUCCAACUAAACCACCACACAAACACAUUGCAGACUAGUUUUCGGGAUUCUUACAUGACCUGGAUCUUCCCAUGACGAUGAUGACGUCCCGAUGAGCUGACCACCGCGGUGUGGGGACCACGCGAGCACACAGAAAUGACUCUUGACUGACUACACGCUUACCUAGAAGACGGACCAAUGGUUAAGGGGUCGAUGAGUUGCCAAAGUUUUGCGGCGUGAUUUCAUCCACUCAAGUGUUUCUCUCAGUGGGGAUUGUUGGAUCGCUUUGGCCGACCUGGUGGGCACGUUUUAGAAAACUCUCACUCCGGAGCGAGGGGACCCGCGGAGGAGCGAGUAGCGGACCUGAAGCCGAGAUGAUGGACGUCCACCCCGGGAUAAUUCUGCUCCUGAUUUCCUCCUCCGUUUCUGUCGCCUCAGGGUCCAGGUCCCGCUUCGAGGACUCGCCGCCCCGCAUCGUGGAGAACCCCUCGGACCUGGUGGUCUCCAAGGGCGAGCCCGCCACCCUGAACUGCAAGGCGGAGGGCCGUCCGGGGCCCCUGAUCGAGUGGUACAAGGACGGGGAGCGCGUGGAGACGGACCGCGACGACCCGCGCUCCCACCGCAUGCUGCUGCCCAGCGGCUCGCUCUUCUUCCUGCGCAUCGUGCACGGCCGCCGCAGCAAGCCCGACGAGGGCGUGUACACCUGCGUGGCACGCAACCACCUGGGGGAGGCCAUCAGCCGCAACGCCUCGCUGGAGGUCGCAAUCCUGCGGGACGACUUCCGGCAGGCGCCCAGCGACGUGGUGGUGGCGGCGGGGGAGCCGGCGGUGCUGGAGUGCCUCCCGCCGAGGGGACACCCGGAGCCCAGCGUCUCCUGGAAGAGGAACAACGCCCGCAUCCCCGCCAAGGACGACCGCAUCUCCAUGCGCGGAGGCAAGCUGAUGAUCUCCCAGACGAGGAAGAGCGACGCGGGCAUGUACGUGUGCGUGGGCACCAACAUGGUGGGAGAGCGGGACAGUGACCCCGCCGAGCUGGUGGUCUACGAGCGCCCGGUGCUGAUGCGGCGGCCGGUCAACCAGGUGGUGAUGGAGGAGGAGACGGUGGACUUCCUGUGCGACGUCCACGGAGACCCGGCGCCCACGGUGCGCUGGCGCCGGGAGGAGGGGGAGCUUCCCCGGGGGAGGUUCGAGAUCCGGGGGGACAGCAGCCUGCGUCUGCAGCGGGUGAGGGCGGAGGACGAGGGCACGUACACCUGCACCUCGGAGAACAGCGUGGGGAAGACGGAGGCGUCGGCCAUGCUGCAGGUCCACGUGCCCCCGCAGAUCUCCAUAAAGCCUCGCGACCAGAUCGCAGCCCAGGGAAAGAGCGCCACCUUCCAAUGUGGGACGACCGGGAACCCUCCGCCCGCCAUCUUCUGGCAGAAAGAGGGCAGCCAGAUGCUGCUGUUCCCUGGCCAGCCGCCCUCCCAGUCAGGCCGCUACUCGGUCUCCAUGGGGGGGCAGCUGGGCAUCGCUGACGUCCACCCGGAGGACGCCGGCUUCUACAUCUGUCAGGCCAUCAGCGUGGCAGGAAGCGUGCUCACCAAGGCCCUGCUGGAGGUGGAGGGGGGUCCCUCCGGUCACAUCCCCCCAAUCAUCCGCCAGGGCCCAGCCAAUCAAACAGUGUCGCGUGGCACCGCCGCGCAACUCCAUUGCCAUGUCAUUGGUGGAUCGUCCGUCAGGAUUUCCUGGGAGAAGGAUGGAGAGGGAGUGGAGGGAGAUAAGCCUCGCACGACCUUGAUGGAAAAUGGCACGUUGCAAAUCACCGACGUAAAGGAGACCGACUCUGGGAUGUACACGUGCACCGUGUCCAGCACCAAGGGGGAGUCCAGCUGGAGCGGCAUGCUGACUGUCAGAGAAGACGCGUCGAUGUCCCGCGUGUCCGAGUCCAUCCAGCUGCCGGGACCGCCGCAGAAGCCCGUGGUGACGGAGGUGACCCGCAACACCGUCACCCUCACCUGGCAGUCCAACCCCCACGAGGGCGGAGCCGCCGUCACCUCCUACAUCAUCGAGGCCUUCAGCCAAUCAGUGGGCAGCGCCUGGCAGACCGUAGCAGACCACGUGAAGCAGGAGAGACACACUGUGCUAGGACUCUUCCCCAACACAGUUUAUCUGUUCAUCGUCCGAGCUGUCAACUCGUACGGCCUCAGCGACCCCAGCCCCAUCUCAGAGCCGGUCAGAACCCAGGACGGCAGCCCCACCGAGCAGGGAGUGGACCACAGGCAGGUGCAGAAGGAGCUGGGCCAGGUCUCUGUCUACAUGCUGAAGCCCGUGGUGCUGUCCCCUUCCAGCGCCAAGAUCUCCUGGACCGUGGCGCGCCAAUCGCGCUACGUGCAGGGCUACCGCGUGUUCUACCGGACCAUCGGCAGCUCCUGGUUGGUGCAGGACGUGGAGUCCGCCCCGGAGCAGAGCACCAUCCUGGCCGAGCUGCGCGGCAACACCGAGUACGAGGUCAAGAUCCGGCCGUACUUCAACGAGCUGCAGGGGGUGGACAGCCUGAUGGUGGGCCUGCGGACCCCCGAAGAGGUGCUGUGCGUGCCCCCCCAGGCCGUGUCCGUGGUGCAGCUCAGCAACAGCUCCAGCAUCAAUGUGUCCUGGGAGCCCCCCCCCCACAGCACCCUGACCGGCAUCAUCCACGAGUACCGGGUGUGGUGUCUGGGGGCCUCGGAGAGGGGGGGCCAGAUGAACCGCACGGUGGACGGGGCGGUGCUGUCCAUCCUGCUGACGGGGCUGCUGCCGGGGGUCCGCUACAGCGUCAUGGUGGCGUCCGUCACCGCUCUGGGCGAGGGCCCCCCCAGCCCGCCAGUCGACCUGCUGCUCACUCCUGGGUCCGACCGGACCUCCGUCCCGGGGGAGACGGAGCGAGCGGGGCCGGGCCUGGGGGAGCAGAUCACGGGGGUGGUGCGCCAGCCGGCCUUCAUGGCGGGGCUGGGGGUGGCGUCCUGGGUGGUGCUGAUGGGCUUCAGCGGCUGGCUGUACUGCCGCCACCGCCGGAGGAAACAGCUGGGCCACUACACCACCUCCUUCGCCUACACCCCUGCAGUCUGCUUUCCUCAUGGAGAAGGAUCCGGAAUCAUCAACGGAGGGCCAGGCAUGUUGGGAUCAAACAUGGGCACCUACCCCUGGCUGGCCGAGUCCUGGCACGCCUCGAAUCUAAGCCAGCAGAGCAAGGAGUCUGUCUACCCCUGUUCCAGCAAGCUGGGGCCCCCAGAUAGAUACUUCACCGGAGGCGGCCUCCACAACUUCCCCAGCGCCCAGUCGGAGAAGUACAGCUCCAAGUCCAGCGACAGCCCAAUCUACAGCACCAUCAACACGGCGGCGGAGGAGGACCUGCUCACCUACUACGACACCUACUCCAGCGUGCCCUACUCCCUGGGCCCCGACCCCUACGCCAGCACCCCCGUGCUGACCCACAGCAGCCUGGCGGGGCUGGAGCAGGGCCUGGACCAGUGGACCAUCCAGGCCGGUCAGUCGGGGGCCGAGUACGCCAAGCUCCAGUACUCCCGGACGACCACCAAAAAGAUGAAGCAACGUUCCAGUCGGCCGUCCAAGCCGGCUACCCUGAACUGGGUGGAUGUGCUGUCACAGCCCCUCCCCGCGGACAGAGACCUGGGCCAAGGCCAGAUGAACCCGCAGGACUGUCUCAGCACCGACGAAGACGAGGAGGACUGGUGCCCCCCCCUCCCGGCCCGUACCUACCUGAUGGACGAGGAGCUGGCCCUGAGCCUGCAGCAGUCCGCCGCCUCCCCCUCGCCCUCCCUGUCGCCCUCGCCAUCGCCCUCGCCGCCUUCCCCCCUCCCUCCCCAACGCCGUCGGCCCGGCGACCAUCCCCCCCGGCAACGGCCCCUGGACCUCCUGGCGGCGCACCACCCUUCCUCCUCCUCCGCCGGCACCGCCACCAACGCCUCCGUCACCCAGUCCAACCCCGACCUGUUCUCCCCCAAGGAGGUGCUGGCCGUGGGCGAGCUGUACCACACCCUGCGCUGGCCCGGAGACACGGAGGGGGCGGCGGACGCAGGGAAAGAGUUCAACCCCGCAGUCCAGGCGCAUAAAUCUAGACCCAAGAAGAAGCCCCAGAGGGACGGCCAGCAGCAACCGAGGAGAGAAGUACACACCCAAGCAGAUCUCCCCCCUCCGCCCACCCCCCCGCCCACAGAGAGGUCGGACACGGCGGGCGGCGGCGGCAGCCGGGCGACCGAGGGCGAUCUGGCGGCGGCGAGCGGGUCGCCCGCCGCCCAGCGGAGGCGCGGGUUGGUCUCGCCCCAGAAGAGAGGGCCCUCCAAGUGGCUGGCACAGGAGGCUCAAUAUUCGAGAUUAGUGAUUGUUUCUUUGUCCUCAUUUACAGAUGAGAACGUGAUCCUGUGCGGUCAGUCCUGCGCCCUGCCCAAGGUCCAGUCCUCCAGCUACGGGUCCCUCGGCGGGGCCCCUGUUCGGCCCGCCACCAGUCCAAGGGCCCCUGGCUCUGCCGAGAAGAGGAGAGAUGAGAACCUCAUUUAAACAGAAACUGAUUAUGUGACUUGAUGGGGCGCCUCUUCUAUCCUCUCUGGCUGCUUUUUCGUGAAAACCCAUCAGCCUGUUGCCAUGGCACCCUGAGAGAAGCGGGAAGAUGAAACGGAGGGAACACGCCAUGGCUUGCCACCUGCCUUUUUUUACUCACUGCUGUUAUUUAUAUUCAAUUUUGGAUUUGAUAAUUUAUUCUAUUUUUUUGUGUGUUUGUUUAUUUAUUUAUUUAUUUAUUUAUUUUAGCUCUGCCACUGCGUGUAUAUUAAAAACAUCUUGCAAUGUGUAAAAGAUGUAAUCAAAUGUGCUACAAAAAUGAUAAUGACAAAGAAAUACAGUAUUUUUAGAAAAAAUUGACAGAAGUAACUUUUACUAUUGUACA